AUGUUGACAAUUGUUGGAUCUGUAGUUUCCGUUGGAGUUUAUGGAAUAGAGUUUCUAGAAUUUGGAAAUAAGGCUGUUGAACUGAAGGAAAUUCAUGUCUUGGCAGCUCCAGUUCACCAGAUGCAGCAAUAUUACAGGCUUGGAGUACUUGACAACUGUUCUGAGAAGUGGAAUGCCCUAUUUGACUGUUUGAGUCUGAAAACAAAACGAUCUUCUGAGAUGAAGGAAAUUUUGGAAACUCGUGAGAAAAGUAAACCUCACAUCUGGACUUUUCGGACACCUGAAGAAGCUUCAGAUCAUUGGAAUGAGCUGUUUGGCCAUGUAAAUGACCCAGAGUGACUAAAUUGAAACUUCUCCGUUUCCUUGCAGAUGCAGACGAUGGUGUGAUUUAAUGGUUUCUGUUUCCCCUGAUAUAAUUCAACUGAGGUAGGAGAACAUUCAAUAAU